AUGGCAACCCACCGCGCCGAUGAAAAGCGCUUCCUCGACGACCGCGGCACCUCCUCAACCCUAACGCCCAACGGCCUCAACCCCGCUACGAUAAUGGAAAAGCCGGUGCGCGAGCGCAUAAUCGACAGCUACUACUACAAAGACUCGUGCUUCGGGCUGAACGAAGCCGUACUGGUGGACCGCGUCGUGGCCGAUGUCUCGUUCAUUGGGGGCACAUACGGAUCUUCACAGCGGCCGUCGCCGUUCCUAUGUCUGGCGUUUAAACUAUUGCAACUGGCGCCCGAUGACGCGGUGCUAAGGGAGUAUCUCGAGUAUGGGGGUGAGAAGUUCAAGUAUCUGAGGGCGCUGGCGUGUUUCUAUGUGCGGAUGACGAGAAGGGCGAAAGAUGUUUAUGGGAUGCUAGAGCCGUUUCUGGAGGAUCGGAGGAAGUUGAAGAGGAGGACGAGGAUGGGGACUAGCUUGACGUUUGUGGAUCAGUUUGUGGAUGAUUUGUUGACCAAGGAGAGGGUUUGCGCGACUAGUUUGUGGAAGAUGCCGAAUAGGGAGAUUUUGGAGGAUAUGGAGGUUCUGGAGCCACGGGUUAGUCCAUUAGGGGAUAUUGAGGAUUUGUUGGAGAGUGAUGUUGAGGAGGUUGAUGAAGAUGGGAAUCAGGUUGGAAGUGGGAGGGAAGAGAGUCCCGGUAGUGAGUUUGGGGAAGUUACACCGGAGAGAGAUAGUAGGGAGCCUGAGAGGUUGGAUAAGCAUGAAAAUGGGGAGGUUGCAAAGUAA